AACCAUAGGAUGGUGUUGCUUCUACCCUGGCUCUUCAUUAUUCUAUGGCUAGAAAAUGCCCAAGCUCAACUUGAAGAUGAAGGCAACUUCUACUCUGAAAAUGUCAGUCGGAUUCUUGACAACUUGCUGGAAGGCUAUGAUAACCGUCUACGACCAGGAUUUGGAGGUGCUGUAACAGAAGUCAAAACAGACAUCUAUGUGACCAGCUUCGGGCCUGUGUCAGAUGUGGAGAUGGAGUAUACAAUGGAUGUCUUCUUCCGCCAGACAUGGACUGAUGAGAGGCUGAAGUUUAAAGGCCCUGCUGAGAUUCUGAGCUUAAAUAACUUGAUGGUCAGUAAGAUCUGGACUCCUGACACUUUUUUCCGGAAUGGGAAAAAGUCAAUUGCUCACAACAUGACGACCCCUAACAAGCUCUUCCGAUUAAUGCAGAAUGGAACAAUCCUGUAUACCAUGAGGCUUACCAUCAAUGCUGAUUGUCCCAUGAGACUGGUUAACUUCCCUAUGGAUGGACACGCUUGUCCACUCAAGUUUGGAAGCUAUGCUUACCCUAAAAGUGAAAUCAUAUAUACAUGGAAAAAAGGACCGCUUUAUUCAGUAGAAGUACCAGAAGAAUCUUCUAGCCUCCUCCAGUAUGAUUUGAUUGGGCAAACAGUUUCUAGUGAGACUAUUAAAUCUAACACUGGUGAAUAUGUAAUAAUGACAGUCUAUUUCCACUUACAAAGGAAAAUGGGCUAUUUCAUGAUCCAGAUAUACACUCCGUGCAUCAUGACAGUUAUUCUUUCUCAAGUGUCUUUUUGGAUUAAUAAGGAGUCUGUCCCAGCAAGAACUGUCUUUGGAAUCACCACUGUUUUAACCAUGACCACCUUAAGCAUCAGUGCUCGUCACUCUCUACCCAAAGUGUCCUAUGCAACUGCCAUGGAUUGGUUCAUUGCUGUCUGCUUUGCGUUUGUCUUUUCUGCUCUCAUUGAAUUCGCAGCUGUCAACUACUUCACCAAUCUCCAGUCACAGAAGGCUGAAAGGCAGGCGCAGACUGCAGCCACGCCCCCCGUGGCAAAGUCAAAAGCAGCCGAACCACUGGAAGCUGAGAUUGUUGUGCAUUCUGACUCCAAGUACCAUCUGAAGAAGAGAAUCAGCUCUCUGACUUUGCCGAUCGUUCCAUCUUCUGAGGCCAGUAAAGUCCUCAGUAGAACGCCCAUCUUACAAUCACCGCCUGUCUCUCCCCCAUUGCUCUUACCAGCCAUUGGUGGCACCAGUAAAAUAGAUCAGUAUUCUCGAAUACUCUUCCCAGUAGCAUUUGCAGGAUUCAACCUUGUGUACUGGAUAGUUUACCUUUCCAAAGAUACAAUGGAAGUGAGCAGUACUGUUGAGUAGUUUGCAGCCAAGAAAACCUAGAUACUGUAGUUUUGUCAUUUUCUAUUU